GUAUGUGUGAUGUACGUUAUACGCCGUCGCAAUGAGUAAUCACAACGUUAUGAGAAAUACCACUGAAAGUGCUGAUCUGUCAAAAUAAAGGAGAGAAAAGAGGAACGAGCAAUCGCACAUCAAGUCUCAUUUCUUUUUAUUAUUGAAUAGCUCAGCGAAUAAAUAGCUUGAAGUGAAGUGAACCACUUUCAGCAAAGUUUCUUUUUUCGUCAAUAGACACACACACACACACACACACACACAAUAUUUUAUAUUAUUUUGGUUGCAGUGAAUUAAGGCAAUGGCAGCUAUUGAACCAUUAACAUUGGCUAAAGAUGUUCAACGAUGCAUUGAAAUUUUGGAUAAAUUACAAAACAGCGGCGAAGUUCCAGCUACGAAAUUGGCUGCGCUACAGAAAGUGUUACAAAGUGACUUUUUGAAUGCUGUACGUGAGGUAUACGAGCAUGUUUAUGAAACGGUUGACAUUCAAGGUUCACAAGAUGUUCGAGCGUCAGCCACGGCCAAAGCAACUGUUGCUGCAUUUGCUGCAAGCGAAGGCCAUGCACAUCCUCGUGUCGUUGAGCUACCAAAAACCGACGAAGGACUUGGCUUCAAUGUGAUGGGUGGCAAAGAGCAAAAUUCACCCAUUUACAUUUCACGCAUCAUCCCUGGUGGCGUUGCCGAUCGGCAUGGUGGCUUGAAGCGUGGCGAUCAAUUGCUCUCGGUUAAUGGAGUUUCCGUCGACGGUGAGAAUCACGAAAAAGCUGUGGAGCUGUUGAAACAAGCCGUUGGCUCUGUUAAACUUGUUGUGCGCUAUACACCGAAAGUGCUUGAAGAAAUGGAGCUUCGAUUCGAUAAGCAACGUGCGGCCCGAAGACGUCCAUAUCAAUAAAUAUUCAUGAAAAAGAGAGAGCAUUUAAUCAUUAUAUAGCGAAAAUUACUAAUUAUUAUGGAACAUUCGCCCGAUACAUUUUCAUUUGUUUGGUCAUUGUUAGAGUAUUUUCAUGGGAGAGGCACACGUUCAUCCACUGUCAUAAUGUUUUCGUUCUAUUUUGUCUCAUGCAAACAAACAAAAAAAAACAACAACAAUUUCUCGUUUCAUUCGAAAGCAAUACAAAGAUUCACUUAUAUAGAGGGAACGCCAACAGUGUUCAAAACUGGCCGCCAACAACAACAACAAACACACAAAUCGUAUCUUAUGUCCCAGUUCAUUCUUCCUCUCAUUUAUUUGAUAAAUUAAAUUGUAUUUUUUAUUUUUAAAUUAGACAAAAUAAAUAUAUAUAUUAUAUGUUGUUUGUGAAACCAUAUGCCCUUGAUUCGAUAGGCUCAGAAAAUUUACCCAGAAAAAAAUUCUCUGGUGGAAAAUCUAAUUGUUUCUAUUACUAUAGAAAAAACAAAUUAUGUCAACAUCGAUUUGGUAUAAAACAAGAACAAAAUAAAGCAUCAUUUAUUGAUGCUGUUAAUUCGAUUGAUUCAAGCAAAA